GGCGAGUUUCAUAUUUACUUAAGGACAAAACAUCGAUCGGUUUUGCUGGACUUCUCACACUUUUGGUCUGAUGCUAUCGCGACAACGACCAUGGCAUGAGCCAAGCGCACAGACCUAAACUGCAUACCAGUACGUACCUCUUCACUUCCCUCAAGGUCCGUGAUGAGCAUGCACGAUCCCUUUCAACUUCUGAGCAUCAAUCGCCCAAAGUCCCAAGCAAAAUCGGACCCACGACUAUCUCUUAAUCUUGACCACAACCAUCAAAAUACGACGUCGGUCCUUGUAGCGCAUUGUUGAUCGCGGCACUGUGUUUGCUUCACCGCCUACAACGAGCCACUCAUUCACGGGACCAGCUUUCAACUAUACGCCUGCACAAGUCACAAAACCUAGGAGAGAUUGCCUGAAUUGCAAACACCCAAGUCACGGCCCUUGCAUCAUGGCGUCUUUGUCACAAGACGCCAUCAUGGAGGAUGGUAGCAACGCCCGCGCGCACGAGGCCUUCACUGUCGAAGAGAACAUCCACCAGCUCAACGACAUCGACAAGUGUAUUGUCCAGCUCAUGAGCCACACCACCACCGCGCUCAACGCCCUCACCAUCCCCUCAAACCCAUCUGGCGCCACCGGAAACCCCCCCGCCGAGGGCACCAAGCCGCUGCUGAAUCCCCCAGCCCAGAAGGAAGCCUUCCGUUCUUCUACCGAUUCAUUCCUCACUACCCUUCACGCCAUCGACGUGAGGAUGAAGCGCCAGAUCAUGGCGCUUGAGGAGGCCGGCAUUGUGAAUCUAUCCAGCAGUCAGCGCCAGGACCACAGUGGCCCCGUCAAGGCGUCAUUGAAGCCGAAUGGUGUCGGCGCGGUGGGCAACUUGGACGUGGGAUGGCUGAACAGCCGCGGGACGAGGGUGGAGCGAGACAUGGAGGGGGAGCUUUGGGGAAAGGCAAAGGUUCUCUUGGAGAAAGAGGGCGAGACGAUGAAGAUGGACUGAAUAGCGAGAACUAAAGGUAUCGGGAUGGUGAAUAUGGUGCGGCGUUUGGGACAUGGUAAGCUCUAGGCCAGAGUUUCGGUUGGAUCAUAUGUUGCUUUCGUACUGGAGUUUCUAAGGUUGAAGGCGGUGAAAUAGAAAGGGUCACAAACUCCCAAAGUUGUUCAAUGUACGUGUGAUAUGGAGAGCCCACAACUCUUACGACAGUGUUCAAAUCAUUGGCAUCUAUCCA